UCGCGGCAAGAAAAUGGCGGAUUUUGAGGAGCUAAGGGUAUGAGAAAGUACAUUGUUAGCUAGCACCCUUAAACGUGCACUUUAUUCAGGCGGUCGUGUCGGUCUCUGUGUAGUGCAGAGCCUCACGGUUCAUAGUGACGGAAAUACCCGUCGUGCCGUAGCGAAAUCCAGGCGUAAAAAGGUUGUUAAGGAUUGAGCCGUUUCGUCCCCGUCCGUGGGCUUGUUUUCAUCGAAGUUAGCUGGCUGGCUAAUUGACACAGCUAACGAAAAUGUAGUCUUUAUAGGCUAGUUCUUCCUGUUUGCUACUUGUAAUGCAGAAAUUAGCUAAUUACAUCAUCUUCUCAGCCAGCUGGCGGCUAUUUGUAAAAGCUGAAGGAGUGUCGCUUCUCUUUUAUGAUGCUUUACGGUCACAUUUGGUAAGGAUUUGUAAAGACAAAGGAUAAACACGUAUGAACAAUCAAGCAUGGACCAAAUAAACAAGGAAUAUGGUAUCGAGUUUCCGGGUGUCAGAGCUACAGGUGUUAUUGGGUUUUGCAGGACGAAACAAGAGCGGUCGCAAGCAUGAGCUGCUGCUGAGGGCCUUGCAUUUGCUGAAAAGUGGGUGCAGUCCAGCAGUGCAGAUUAAAAUUAAAGAGCUGUAUCGGCGUCGCUACCCGCGGACAAUAGAAGGUUUCCCCGAUUUCUCGUCUCUCAAGUCCUCUUCAUUUUCCCUGGCGAGUGCCUCUUCCAUUGUGGAUCCAGAUCUCUCAUUAGCUGCCGGAAGUCUGCUUGGUUCUGGUGCAGUGGGCCACUCUGGGGCCCAUCCUUCCGUGUUGUUGCACGAGACCAAACCCAGGCUAGACAUGCAGCAGCCAGGCCCCCCCCUACCACCCGUCCAUCCUGAUGUUCAGAUGAAGUCUCUCCCUUUCUACGAUGUGUUGGAUGUCCUUAUCAAGCCGUCUAGUCUUGGUGCCAGUAGCAUCCAGCGCUUUCAGGAGAAGUACUUCAUUUUUGCCCUAACACCCCAACAAGUGAGAGAAGUGUGCAUUUCUAGGGAUUUUCUACCUGGUGGCAGAAGAGAUUAUAUGGUUCAAAUUCAACUGAGAUUUUGUCUUGCAGAAACAAGUUGUCCACAAGAAGAUAACUUCCCAAACAGUUUGUGUAUCAAAGUAAAUGGAAAGCUUUUCCCUUUACCGGGUUAUGCUCCACCCCCGAAGAAUGGAGUGGAACAGAAAAGGCCAGGAAGGCCUCUUAAUAUCACUUCUCAUGUGAGGUUGUCCUCUGCAGUACCAAAUCAGAUUUCUGUCACUUGGGCGCCAGAAAUAGGAAAGACAUACUCAGUGUCGGUGUACCUUGUCAGGCAACUCACAUCUUCACUGUUGUUGCAGAGGUUAAGAAUGAAGGGUAUCCGGAACCCUGACCAUUCAAGGGCUCUAAUAAAAGAAAAGCUGACUGCAGAUCCAGAUAGUGAGAUUGCGACAACAAGUUUGCGAGUGUCACUAAUGUGUCCGCUGGGGAAAAUGCGCUUGAUCGUCCCAUGCCGGGCAGUCACAUGUUCCCAUCUCCAGUGCUUCGAUGCGGCCCUUUACUUGCAGAUGAACGAGAAGAAGCCUACUUGGAUCUGUCCUGUUUGUGACAAGAAAGCUGCAUACGAGAGCCUAAUUAUUGAUGGACUCUUCAUGGAGAUUCUCAAUGAGUGCUCAGAUGUCGAUGAAAUUAAAUUCCAGCAGGAUGGAACGUGGUGUCCAAUGCGGCCAAAGAAGGACACGCUGAAAGUGUCAUCCCAGUUUUGCCCGAAAAUGGAAACUUCUGCCCUAGUGCGGCCCUGUGCUGUAAUGCCCCCUAGCGAACCCAGUACCGCCAAGAAGGUGGAUGUCAUCGAUCUCACCUUGGAGAGCUCUUCAGAGGAGGAGGCAGAGGAAGAUGACCCUCCACUUAAAAAGCGCUGUCUCUACAUGUCAAAGGCUGAGGAAACGCAAACGAAGGGGGUUUUGGCCUAUCAGCCACCGACAGUGCGAUUGCCAAAUGUCCAAGCCUUGGACACAUCCUACCUAACCUCUUCACUAGCAGACUAUGCAGUUCCCUUCCAUCACUCAACUUUAUCCUCAUUACCUGCUGACAUGCAAAGUUUGGAUUUGUUCUCUUUGAUUCAAGGAGACACGCAGCAUUACCGUACACCGAUGUUCUUGGAUAACCUCACCAGCAGCCUGCAGAGCACUACACCAGGUGCAGGCCUCAUCUCCUCCUCAAGCCAGUAUGAGAGCAGCGCACAUAGCAGUGCCUCUGGCCACAAUGAGCCUGGAGUCAUCACAGGCACCAGCGGGACCAACAUCUCAGACAUCAUAUCUCUGGACUGAGCACGUAUGGGUGCUUUGCUCUACUCCCAUGCAGUACCAGAUGAUGCCAUGCAUACAGGUGGAUUGUGCUAAUACCGUUCAAGACUGAAAAAUUAUGGAUUUUUUUAUUUUAAAUAUUACUUUGCAACUUGCUUUUGGUUUAUGAACUCUGAACACUGAGUUGAACAUGAAUGAUCAUGUAAAAUUUUUGUUUGGUUCCAAAAUUCCUCAGAAUGGGCAACACAGCACUCAAAGGCAGCUCAGAUUUGUAACAGUACUAACUAAUUAUGUAAUGUGGUGCAAUUCAUUGUCCUGUGUUUAGUCUGACCACAUAUAGCAAUAAAAUACAUUUUCUGUACAUGGCAUUGCACAAGCAAAGAAGAUACUCAAAUAUAUUUACCUUUGACUUGUUGGGUGUUUAGGCUGUUUGAGCUAUGUAGUUCUUUUGGCAUUUGUACAUUUGUGUUCUUGGUUUUUUUAUUUUAUUUUUUUUUUUUUUUUCUUAAAUUAAAGGAAAAUUGUUCCCUUAAGCAUCAGGGGGACUGACUUCAUUGUCCCCAUUAGUUGGCAGAAUAAAUGUAAAAAGAUAUGUUACUGAAAACAUGUAAUUUCAUUGUGACCUUUUACACCUAUGUAUAUUAUUCAGUACCUUUUUAGCUACUUUUAAAACUAAAUAUUUACUGUUUCUACAAGUACUCAUUGUUACCAAAGUGGGUAUUUCCACCAGCUGUUACUAAGGCUCAGUGCAUUGCAGUUCAUAUAUACCAUUCAUUAUAAAAGAUAUUAAUAAAGGACUGGCAGUUCUGGAAUUGAGAUGGAAUGACCUAGAGGUGAGGAUUCCAGUACUGUAAGACAAAAUGCACUUAUUGAUAACCAAUCACCAGCACAAUAUUUCAGCAUCUGUUUAAUAUAAAUUUUACAUUUGUAUGUAGAUGGGCUGUCUUCAUCUGAUUACUGUGCUAAACACAGGAACCAGCCUUAUAAGUUUAUAUGUAGAUUGGGCUACCUAUGUGUAAUUUGUGCAACAGAAUACUGCAAAUUACAGCCUUAUGGACUGAGACUCCAUUUGAACAGUGGACAAUAUAUCUGUGCCUCUUGUGUACCCCAGGUAGAAUAAAAUGGGCAUGUUACUGUUCAAGAUAAUCAGCUGAGCGUAAUGCUUUAUGCAGAAUCUUGCAUUAGGGACAUUGUCUAUGAAGUUUACAGCUAUGAAGGUGUAAUUAUUCACAUCAGGUGACUAAUUUUGUCAAUGCUAUUUGCUGAAAACAUAGUAUGCAAGAAAUGUUGACAUCCUUUGUCUGCUGUGAAUUCAAAGUAUGGAAGAGUUGAAAGUAUACUGUGUGUUACUUUUUUUGGUGUGUCUGCAAGAUGUUCCCAGUCCUCUGGUGGUUCAGUGAAUAUACAGAUUUUAAAUCUAUCAGUUCCCAAUUCAGUUGACAUCCAGAUUUGAAGUAACAUACCCCUAUCUCCUGGCAUCUGUUGUUCCUUAUUUAGGCAGCACUGGGAUGCUGCAAAUGCCAGUCUGGAGCUAUACUGGGCAACUUUUCCCUGAUACAUUGUGUUUAUUGGGUAAUGUAUCCAUUGUAAUGCAUAUCAAGUGUAUAUUUUGCUUAGACAUGUUAACAUAAAGGAUAGUCUCAUCAUGCCACUUAAAGCUGAAGUUGACAACCUCUUGUGUUAAAACAGAGUAUUUGCGGCUAUAGUAAUCCUAGGUGAAAUUACUAAAGCCACUACCCAAUGUGCUUAAAAUAAUGUAUUAACAUUUUAAGUUACAAGGACUUUUGUGUUGUUUUUCCUCCCCUCCCCCAGAAAGUUAUUACAAUUACCCAGCAGAGCAGUACAAUUUUUUACCAUACUGGAUGGAAAAAAUAUACUCUAUAUAUAUCAUGUACAUUUCACCCUGUUAACUUUCUGAUUGCACAGCCCUCAGUAGUUCUGUUAGGCAACAGCCUUAUUAAUUCUUACCAAAUUUACUAGGUGUUUAAGUAUGAAUUUUAAUGUGCCCAUGAAAUUUACAUUGUGAGUACAAAACUGCCGGUAUUCUGUGCAGUUUGUCAGAGAACUUGUCAGACUAUGCAUGGCCUCCUGGUGCCAUUUUUGGGGAGUAUCAACCAUCACCCUGGCAGGAUUAGCUUUUUUCAUCAUUUCAUGAUUUGCCCGUGGUCAAAACCACAGUAGACAUGCCCAUUUGUGUUUGGUGGUGUUCUGUAAAAAU